UUCAAGUCAUGAUAUCUCGUUAGUUGUUGCGCAGCGACGAACGCAAGAGGUUUAUCAGUUUAACCAGUUUGGAAAUCCGAGAAGUACUUGAAGGGUAAUGAGAAUUUUACCAUUUGUGGAAACUUGGCCCAAGUUGAUUGACUACAUUUUUUCGCAUUAACAAUGCUGUCCAAAAGUGAAACCAUAAGUAUCCAGCAAUUUGAUGACCAUGGUGGGGAACCCCAAGGAAGUCCACCAGACAUCCCCAAAUUGAUGCCCGGUGGAAAUUACAUCAGAAUAGGACGAGACUCUGCAAAAAGCACAUAUCUGCUUUUUGCGCCUCCCGAAGAAGAAGUGGGCGUUCUAGCCAAGUACCUUAACACAUUUAAGAAGUAUGAUGUCAACCUGUUACACAUCGAAUCGCGCCCAUCCACCAAAAUGCCCGAUUUGUACGAAUUCAUGGUAGAGUGUGCUCCAUCUGGAAGCUUAAACGGUGCCAUUGAGGACAUCAAGAACUCCAGUCAAUAUCUACAAGUUAUUUCCAGAGACUACAAGAAUCAAGAGAACACGGUUCCAUGGUUCCCACGUCGAAUCAGAGACUUGGAUCGCUUUGCAAACCAAAUUCUUUCGUACGGAUCCGAGCUGGAUUCCGAUCAUCCAGGAUUCACGGAUGCCACAUACAGGUCGAGGAGAAAGUAUUUUGCAGAUAUUGCUUACAACUACAGGCAUGGCCAAAAACUGCCUCACGUGGACUAUUCGGAAGCUGAAGUGAAAACAUGGGGAAUUGUGUUCAGGCAAUUGAAAACCCUCUACAGCAAGCACGCGUGCAAAGAACACAAUCACGUAUUUCCUCUUCUCGAAGAGAAUUGUGGAUACAGAGAAGACAAUAUUCCCCAACUGGAAGAUGUUUCGAAUUUUCUACGAGAUUGUACUGGUUUCACCCUACGACCUGUAGCAGGCCUGCUGUCUUCACGAGACUUUCUGGCAGGUUUAGCAUUUCGAGUGUUCCACUCGACACAAUAUAUUCGUCAUUCCAGUAAACCCUUCUACACUCCGGAACCGGAUGUCUGUCACGAGCUGCUGGGGCACGCACCUCUAUUUGCAGAUCCGGACUUUGCUCAAUUCUCCCAGGAAAUCGGACUAGCUUCAUUGGGGGCCCCUGAUGAUUACAUUGAAAAACUGGCAACGUGCUUCUGGUUCACCGUCGAGUUUGGUCUUUGCCGAGAAGCCGAUGGCCUUAAAGCGUAUGGAGCCGGGUUGCUGUCUUCCUACGGGGAGCUUCAAUACGCCUUAGAAGGAAACCCGGAAUACCGCUCUUUUGACCCGGAAAAAACCGCCACGCAGAAGUACCCGAUUACAGAGUACCAACCAAUCUACUACAUCGCCGAGAGCUUUGAAGAUGCCAAAGAGAAAAUGAUAAAAUAUGCAGCUACAAUUCCCAGGCCCUUUGGUGUACGGUACAAUGCCUACACUCAAAGCGUGGAGGUGCUCGACUCUAAGCCUCAAAUUCAACGUUUAGUCAGCAAUAUAGGCUCGGAAAUGUCCAUAUUGAUCGACUCGCUGAAAAAACUGUAGUAUUUGAUCGAUCUACUUACCUACAUAUGUAUAUUUAUUGUAAGAAGGUUUUCAGCUUGCUUGGAUAAUACCCAGCAACAGUUUCGGUGGUAACUGCGCUCUUACCGCGCUUUAAAUAAUUAAGAAUAUUUAUGUGUUACUGUUAUUAGCUUUAAGGCGUAAAUAAAUGCCUAUUUUCUAA